UCCUUCUUGUGGUGGGCAGGGUUGCCUGUGUUGACAAACAUUUAUUCUCUUACUAGGGCGGUGGGCUCUUAAAAGGCCAUUAGACAAACUGUUACAGAUUGUUUGACGAUAUAUGAAUUCAUAAGAAAGGAAUUAUUGUUAAUUUAAAUGCAAGUAUGGGUUGCUGCUUGACUGUUGGACCAAAUGAAGCGCUCGUUGUAUCAGGUGCCUGUUGUGGGUCUGAUGAAAAGACUUAUGUGGUGGGAGGAUGGGCGUGGGCAUGGUGGCUUAUAUCCAACACUCAAAGAAUUACACUAGAGAUUAUGACAUUACAGCCAAAGUGUGAAGAUGUGGAGACAGCUGAAGGAGUUGCCAUCACAGUUACAGGAGUCGCUCAAGUCAAGGUUAUGACUGACCAUGACUUGCUGGCUGUUGCCUGUGAGCAGUUUCUGGGAAAGUCUGUCAUGGAAAUCAAGGCUGUGGUCCUGCAAACCCUGGAGGGACAUUUACGUUCUAUCUUAGGAACCUUAACAGUGGAGCAGAUCUACCAGGACAGAGAUCAGUUUGCCCAGCUGGUGAGGGAAGUCGCAGCUCCUGAUGUGGGUCGGAUGGGCAUUGAGAUCCUCAGCUUCACUAUUAAAGAUGUGUAUGAUAAGCUGGACUACCUGAGCUCUCUUGGGAAGACACAAACGGCUGCUGUCCAAAGGGAUGCGAACAUUGGGGUGGCCGAGGCAGAGAGAGAUGCAGGGAUUAGAGAAGCUGAAAUGAAGAAAGAAAUGAUGGAUGUCAAGUUCUUGGCAGACACUAAAAUGGCCGACUCCAAGAGAGAGUUGGAGCUGCAGAAAGCUGAUUUCAAUCAAGAAGUGAACACUAAGAAAGCUGAGGCACAGCUGGCCUAUGAACUGCAGGCAGCUAAAGAGCAGCAGAAGAUCCGAUUAGAGGAGAUUGAGAUUGAGGUGGUACAAAGAAAAAAGCUGAUCACUAUUGAGGAGAAAGAGAUUGAAAGGACAGAGAUGGAGCUGGUCGCUACGGUUAAGCGCCCUGCUGAGGCUGAGGCCUACAAAAUGCAGCAGCUGGCUGAAGGGCAGAAGUUGAAGAAAGUUCUGACUGCUCAGGCAGAGGCAGAGAAGAUCAGGAAGAUUGGAGAAGCCGAGGCCAUCUCUAUCUCAUCUGUGGGAAAAGCCGAGGCAGAAAGAAUGAGGCUGAAGGCAGAGGCCUACCAGCAGUACGGAGAUGCUGCCAAGACUGCACUCGUCCUAGAAGCACUGCCCAAGAUCGCUGCCAAAGUGUCGGCUCCUCUGGCCAAGACCAAUGAGAUUGUUAUUCUGAGUGGGGAGGGCAGCCGUGUGACUGGGGAGGUGAACAGGCUCCUAGCCGAGUUGCCCGUGUCCAUUAAUGCACUUACAGGUGUUGACCUGUCCAAGAUCCCUCUGUUGCAGAAGUUGACAGAUGCUCAAGCAUGAAGCCAUUAAGUUCUGUCUCCUCCAUGAUAUGUUGUAUGCACUCACUGAAACUGCCUUUAGACUACUUGGAAGAUCCUCUCUUUUUUUUUUUUUCUUUUCUUUUCUUUUAUAAAAUGGAAAAACAAAAACCAAACAGGUAGAUUUUUGAUACCUCUGGUGCCUUAAUGUUUUAUAGGACCAGAAUAUCUGCAUGCACUGCUGCUCCCACAUUCCACAAUUCCUAUUUUAUUUUUACAUCAUUUGGAAACAUGUAUGUCCUUUUUUGUUUCACUUUAUUGUGUCAUCAUGCUAAAUUAUCAUUUUAAGCUAUUACAACACUAUAUACUUUAUUUUUCAUCUUAACACUGCAGUAACACUUGAUAUGGUAAGUCAGCUUUAGAUUACAAUCAAAUCUUUUUUUGUCUGUCCAAACUCUAUCAAUGCUUUUUAAUUGGUUGUAGGGCAUAUAUCUAGCUACUGUGCAGAUCCUGCCAUAAUUUUUAACAUUCAGGAAGCCAUUGAUCUUGUAGGUUGUAGAGUAGCAAGUAACAUUUUAAUGUACUACUGAGCUCUCUGGCAAUAGCAUUGCCUAAUUAUCAGUGUCAUAUUACCGUACGUUUCCACUGGCACGUUGUGAGCUGAGCAUGUGUUUUCAAUUCAUUCAUACGGUAGCCGAGUUCCACACUCGUGAGGGGAAUUGUGGGAUUGACAGAGGCGCGGAGCAAGCUGCCGUGUGCUGCGUCUGAAACUGCGUACUGUAUUUGAUGAAGGAUGCACAUCUCGGCUGGCAAAACAGUACGUUCUUUUAGUAGUAUGAAUAGAUUUCGGACAUACUUCAUCUGAGGUGACCCGAAUAUGUAACGUAAUAACAACAAUCAUGAAAACUAUCUGCUUUGGUUUUGUUUGAUUUUUUUUUUUUUUUUUUUUUUGGAUUUUCUCCCCUUUUCUCCCCAAUUUGGAAUGCCCAAUUCCCAAUGUGCUCUAAGUCCUCGUGGUGGCGUAGUGGCUCGCCUCAAUCCGGGUGGCGGAGGAAGAAUCUCAGUUGCCUCCGCGUCUGAGACCGUCAGUCCAUGCAUCUUAUCACGUGGCUUGUUGAGCGCAUUACCACGAAGACCUAUUGCGCAGGAGGCUCACGCUAUUCUCCGUGGCAUCCACGCACGUGCCCCACCUGAGAGUGAGAACCACAUUAUAGCGACCACGAGGAGGUUAACACAACGUGACUCUACCCUCCCUAGCAACCGGGCCAAUUUGGUUGCUUAGGAAGCCUGACUGGAGUCACUCAGCACACCCUGGAUUCGAACUUGCAACUCCAGGGGUGGUAGUCAGCGUCUUAACUUGCUGAGCUACCCAGGCCUCCUCUGCUUUGGUUUUGUUAAACAAGCACAAUUUAAGUACAAGGAACAAUUAUCUUGGUAUAUAUAUAUAUAUAUAUAUAUAUAUAUAUAUAUAUAUAUAUAUAUAUAUAUAUAUCACUUACAGUUGAGAAGAGGUGUCCGCCUCACAAUUCACCGCCAUUCCUUGUAAAUCCAGUGUUUUGAAUGUGACUUCGCAUCAGCUCCUGAGGGAUUAUGGGAUCGUUAAGUAUCCAGUCGAUCCGCACUUAAAAAUCUUGUCGGAAGUAGUAGGCCAUCCAGGUAUUUCUUUCUUUCUGCUUUAUGAAUACUGUGGAUUCGGACAUACUGCUCGAUUGGCAUACUGUUUCUGGCAUACUGUAUAUAGUAGAGAAGUAUGGAUAUUCUGACUCAGCGCUGGUGAAUGGGUUUGAGCAGAUUUCUUCAGCACAAGUGGAAACGCAGCGUUACCAUAUGUUUCCACUGGUGCGGAAAAACUCUGCUCAUCUCCGCUCAACAUGCUAGACAGCUACCGCUUUGGGGGGUGUUUGUAAUAUGCAAAGCAGGUGUGUAUGUCUCUCAUUGUUUUCAGUACACGAGCAAUAAUAUAAUUUUAUAUGUGUGCAAUUACAAUUGGAAAGAUGCCAGCUUCAUUUCUGAAAUGCCCACAUUGUACAAACAGUGUUGAUUUAUUACACUUAUCUAGCCACAAUGAAUGUAAUGGAGACUUCAUGCCUUGAAACCUCUUUGAAGUCAGAAAUAAACAUAAUGAUGUGAUUAAAGCAUUGAAUCCAGCAGAAUCUCCAGCAUUAAAGGCAUAUUUUAAAGCGCUUAUGACAGAUUUUAAAAUGAACGCUUUUUCCGUGGCACUGUCAAUCCCACAAUCCACUUCAAGAGCGUGGACCUCGACUUCCAUAGGAAUGAAUUGAAAAAGCUCGCUCACCUUCACUCACAACGCACCAGUGGAAACGUACAGUUAGAGUCAGCCAGGCACUCCUCUUACUUUUAAAUGUUACAGGCACAUAGAUAGACAUGUCCUUUUUAAACCGUUUUAGCUACAGAUUUUUGUGUACGUUUUCUGAGCUCAUCAAUAGUUCGAAUUACUCUUUGGUACUAUUUAUGCCUGUACAUUUUUAUAAUAUUGGAUUGUAUAUGUGUUUUGUUUUGUUUAAUUUAUAAUCAUUUUUGACAAUUGUAGGACAAAAUUUGUUUAGUCAAUUUUGAGCAUGAGGAGCAAAGACUUUAUUUAAAAUGUAGUUAUGAUUAGAUUUAUAAUUUGUUGUUAGCAGACUCUGAUAUGGCUGUCUGGAUACCCGGAUAUCCAAUUCAGUGCUGUUGGUAAAGUUUCUUGUAAACAGAGUUGAGCCAUUUUUAAGAUAGUUUUGUAUCGUUGAUAACAGCCAUACAUUGCAAAAUCUUUCUAGAAUAUUAACACAAGUUACACUAGAUACUGUAAAUGUUAAUAUCUGAGAAAUUCAAAUCACCCUUUAUGGACCAUACCGUCCUGUGCUGUGGUAGUUUAUCUAGUUUGUGUACUUCUUUGUCACUGUGAAAGUUACAUUACCUCGUUUUUUUUGUUUUGGCUAAGAGUGAGUGGCAGUUUGCAGUAGAGAUUUCUAUAUGUUUGUACCUUUAUUCUGCUGUGUUUAGUAGUACUGUGAAAGGUUUAUCACACUAAUGAAAACACCAAAUGACAAAGCUAAGAGAUCACACUCCUAUUUGUAAAAUGAAGAAAAAGUUCAUAGUUGUAAACAGUUGUUUUCAUUUGCUUUAGAAAAUUAUUCGUUAUUUAAUUAUUUAUUUUUUGCAUGAACAAUAUGCCCUGACAUUUGUGUUCUUACUGAAACAGGUACAAUAAUGAGUUAACACAGUUUAGCUUUUUUGUUAAAUUGCCUAUUUGAAAUACAAGUACUGUAACUCGUAACACUAUUUUGAGGAUUAUAUUAUGUUUGCUUAAGAAAUGUUUAAGCCACGCCCUAUUUAACCAUUUAGCAUUAUUAGAGCAACAGAGACUGUUCAGUUUAUGUGCUUUGUAUGGCAUUGCUAAUGAGAUGCACUGUAUAACUGUGUAUUGGAUAAACACUAUAGGAGUCCUAAAACUGUAUGGCAGGAUAAAGGUGAGAUGUGCUUUUGCUUCAGUGGGUUAAAUAACACACAAACUAACCCAAAAUAUGCUAUUGAAAAUAUAGGGGGAAUUUGGUAGUUUUAUACAUACUCUUUACACUGAUUUAAAUCAGCAUGUUUAUGGUGCAUGUAUUUCCAAAUGUAAUAAAUUUAAUGUGAACAUG